UAAUACCUCCCGUUUUUGUCAGAGGUUGCUUAAGUUCCUGUUACUUGGUAGUUAAAAUACAAAGUGAAGAAUAGGUUGCUGGCGCUGUAGAAGGUCACAUUCCGACACAAUGAAGGCGAUUUCAAUCACUUAAUCUUGGGCAAAUUAUUAUCUCCCGGUUUGAAUAGUAUUUUAAAAUGCUGUUUUUGUUUUUCCUGGCAAUGGGAUGAAAGAGAUGUCAUUACUUCUAGCUUUAUUUGUCCUGGCUCCCUCCAUUUGUAAAGGCCUGCAUGAGAACACCUGCAAUGUGGUCCUUAAAGAUCAAUACAUCGAAUGGGGAUCCGAUCUCGACGUGGUGUACCCGAGCUCAUGUGUCCCUCGCAAAAUCUUCUGGACCCUAAACAACAGACGCGUGGGGGAAAGCCAGUCGAGAUCUGUCAACUCCACCCACGCUGUCCUGUCACUGAGGAACUUCACCCAUCAGAGCGCGAUACUGGAGUGGCACAGUGCCGAUACCCUCCAAGUCCUCGGAGGCACCACUAUCACAGCAUACUCAAAACCCGGCAAAAUAUCAUGCAUUUUGUAUCGGAAAAAUCAGUCAGACGAACUGUCGGCAAACCUCUUCAACUGCAGCUGGGAGGAUCCGAUUAAACCAUCAGCACAAAUACACUACUCUGUACUCAUUGCCACUUCCUCCAACCCGUCCCCGAGUGAGGUCUGCGAAUCUAAGUCUAAAUACUGCAUAUGGACGAUAUCCAACGGAAUGAGUCUACUUGAUAGUGUGACUGUUACCGUGAGAGCUAAAGCUGCUGCUUGGGAAGCUUGCUCUGACCCACGUGCAUUUUUCCCGGAUCACAUAAGGAAAAUGAUUCGUCCGAAAUUAACCGUCACGCCCUUCCCCGAUCACGUGUUGGUUGAGUGGCUCCGAGCAAGUUUCUCUAAAGAGUGUCGCUGUGAAGUCAGCUACGGCAAGGCUGAUGGAGGACGUCUUACAGAGUUGAGGCCCAAUACGACUCCAGAGAGAAGUCACGGGAAGAUGCAGAUUGAAAAGUGGGAUUCCUGCAGUAACUACACCUUUUCAGUCCGCUGUGCUUUACACGAGGCCCCCUGGAGCGACUGGAGCGACAAGAAGACCGUUUUGACCAAACUAAAAAAGAGAGAUGUCAAACCGCUCCUGUGGAGAAAGUUGUCUGAACCAAAUGAGGAUGGAGUUAGAAAAGUUCGUGCCAUGUGGACAGAGAUUGCUUCAACGUGCCCGGACACCUUCACCUCGAUCAAAGCGGCUCCCAUCCAGGAACGCGCGGUGGGAGCAGAUCGUAAGGAGGCUUCAUGCGGCAGCUCAACCUGUGACGUUUACGUGAACCAAGAUGCGCACAGAAUAAUACUCGCAGUCCUCCGAGAUGAAACCCUGCUCGUGGAGGAUUCCGUUUAUGUUCCCGCCAUUGGAGAGAGCCUCCCUCGAGUCACCAACAUCCAGGCCGCAACGCUGGGAGGUGUUAUUCUGGUCAGCUGGAACGCGCCAAUCGAGCCCGUCGCUGCUUACAUGGUCGACUGGACCCACGGUGGAGAUCGAUACUAUUGGAAGGAGAGCAGACACACGAACACAACACUGUGCGACCUCCUGGACAAGCAGCCAUACAACAUCACAGUGACGCCCCUCUUUGUUGACAAGACGGGUCAUGGCGCGCGAGCCCUUCAGAUCUGCUCCAGAGCGGGAGAUCCGGGAAAUGUAGCGAUCCAGGUUGAAGCCAAGGACAAAAGUGCCCUUGUGAGGUGGACGGUGAGCUCCCGGGCGGCGUGCAGCGGCGCCGUUGUCAACUACACCGUCUUCUACAGUACACAGGAGGGACCUCAGCUCAAUAUAACGGUAGAUGAGACGGAGCAGUUCAUCCUUUUGAAAGACCUGCAUCGGGAAACGCAGUACAGCGUCCACGUGGAGGCCGCGGCGCUUACUGGAACCACCAGAAGCCGUGAGACGCUCUUUUACACCAAAAGGUUUGAUCCGGAGCUCAUCACAGUCGUCAGCGUCUCCGGAAGCAUCGCUCUUCUCGCGUUAUUGCUCAGUUCAUGCAUUGCUGUUCAAUGGAAGAAAUUCAAGAAGAAGCCGGUGCCAAAUCCCGCCCUCAGUUCUGUGGUGUUUUGGCCAGCAGCAAGUCAUCAUGAGGGAACGUGUCCCUUCCAGCCAUUCAGCAAUCCUUCAGAAAGCAUCUGUGACGCGGUUUACACGAGCGAAGCCCAGUCCCCGUCCACGUCUUCGCUCGCUGCUCGCUGCGAUAGUAACCCAGCAGGUGACCGGACGGAGGAACACGUCGACCCCCCCACGCCAACAGCGCCGGGCGACCCAGUGAAAUCUAUAGAGACACAGCAUCCCUCUCCUCGGGAGGACUCAACGGGCCCGCUUCUUCCAGAGAACAGCCCGUAUCGAAGACAGACUCCUGUGGAAAGCUCUGCCCCGAGGUCCAGUAAACAAUGUAAGCGUGUUUCAGUGAAGGAGACGAGAAAAAUAGCGCCGGUGACAGUUUACGUCACUUUGGACAUGUUUGAACAGGGCCAGGAUUGUUGAGGGGCAUGAAAAUCAAAUCUCAACAAAUCCUAAAAUAAAAACAUAUUAAGCUCCAAAUAAAGCAGACGUGUUGCAACUUUAGUGCAAAGACUUGACUAAGGCAAUGUGUCCACUGUGGAAUGAAAGUAAAGAAAAUUGAUUGUACUCUUAUGUCACACUUGAUAACCCGGGUGAAAAAAUGCUAUUCUUUGUGUAAAUACAAGUAUAUUGUGCUACUGUCUAUCAUUUAUGUAAUAUUUAUGGCUGAAUAAUGUAUGUAUCUAAAUCAAGUCUUUGUUUUUCAAAAGUGACAUAAUUCACACCAUUUUUUUUAACCAUUUAGAACUUUUAAUGUUGAUAACCUUUAUUUCAUAAAGCCUUUGGAGCACACAUUGUGUGGUGGAAAUGAUCACAAAUAUGUAGCCUACAUGUACAGACUGUAUAAUGUAAAAAUAAAAAGCACAGGUUUUUCCAGUGAUAGCUGGCCGAGGAUUUCUGUGAACGGUGAGAAUAUUAAUUUUUUAAAAUCCAAAUUGUUAAAACAUUUGUAAAGUGCUUGACAAAAUGAUGACGUGUUACUCAUUGUAAUCUUACAACUUGGCAUCACAUUUUAACAAUGACAUGAACUUUGCAUGAGCUGCUUAAUUUGAUAUUAUUGUUUUUUCACAGUAAAUUUUGAAACAUGAAUGAUAUAGUAUAGUGUUUGUUGUAUAAAAUGGGGCACAGAUGGCUUCAGAACUGCAUUAAAGCUUUUUACAGACAUGAUCUAAUGUAUUAUCACAUAUUGAAAGAAUGUGUUACAUUUGUUUAAUAGGUGCAACUGUAUAAAUUACCAACAGACAUUGUAACACGGAAUACAUAUUCAGUAAAUAAGUUGGAAAACUGA